GCCCGCGCCGCCUCCGCGGCUGCCCGUCCCCGCUGCCCGCUGCGGGUGCGUGCGUGAGUGGGCGCGCGGGGCUGGGCGCGCUCGGCCCCCGGCCUCCCGCCCGGCCCGCCGCCGCCUGCCCGUGCGCCCCUGCCCCGGCGCGCACCUCGCCUGUGCCCUUCACGCGCUCUUCGGCGCCGGUGCCCGCCGCCUCUUUCUCCACCAAGUGGGAAUGCUCCAACGGGACUGAUGGACGUGUCGGAACUCUGCAUCCCGGAUCCCCUGGGCUACCACAACCAGUUGCUCAGCAGGAUGUCCUCGGAUGACCGGCACCUGGGCUCCAGCUGUGGCUCCUUCAUCAAGACCGAACCGUCCAGCCCGUCCUCCGGCAUCGACGCCCUCAGCCACCACAGUCCCAGCGGCUCCUCCGACGCCAGCGGCGGCUUCGGCCUGGCCCUGGGCACCCACGCCAACGGCCUGGACUCGCCACCCAUGUUCGCGGGCACCGGGCUGGGCACCACUCCGUGUCGCAAGGGCUACGAGGACUGUGCCAGCAGCAUCAUGGAGGACUCGGCCAUCAAGUGCGAGUACAUGCUGAAUGCCAUCCCCAAGCGCCUGUGCCUGGUGUGCGGGGACAUUGCGUCCGGCUAUCACUACGGCGUGGCCUCCUGCGAGGCCUGCAAGGCUUUCUUCAAGCGGACCAUCCAAGGGAACAUCGAGUACAGCUGCCCGGCCACCAACGAGUGUGAGAUCACCAAACGGCGACGCAAGUCGUGUCAGGCCUGCCGCUUCAUGAAGUGCCUCAAAGUGGGCAUGCUGAAGGAAGGAGUGCGCCUGGACCGCGUGCGUGGCGGCCGCCAGAAGUACAAGCGCCGGCUGGACUCGGAGAGCAGCCCGUACCUGAGCCUGCAGAUCUCGCCGCCCACUAAGAAGCCACUGACCAAGAUUGUGUCGUACCUGCUGGUGGCCGAGCCCGACAAGCUGUACGCCAUGCCUCCCCCCGGCAUGCCCGAGGGUGACAUCAAAGCCCUGACCACGCUGUGUGACCUGGCAGACCGGGAGCUGGUGGUCAUCAUUGGCUGGGCCAAGCACAUUCCUGGCUUCUCCAACCUCUCGCUGGGAGACCAGAUGAGCCUGCUGCAGAGUGCCUGGAUGGAGAUCCUCAUCCUGGGCAUCGUGUACCGCUCGCUGCCCUACGACGACAAGCUGGUGUACGCGGAGGACUACAUCAUGGACGAGGAGCACUCCCGCCUGGCGGGGCUGCUGGAGCUCUACCGUGCCAUCCUGCAGCUGGUGCGCAGGUACAAGAAGCUCAAGGUGGAGAAGGAGGAGUUUGUGACGCUCAAGGCCCUGGCUCUGGCCAACUCCGAUUCCAUGUACAUCGAGGACCUGGAGGCCGUGCAGAAGCUGCAGGACCUGCUGCACGAGGCGCUGCAGGACUACGAGCUGAGCCAGCGCCACGAGGAGCCCCGGAGGACGGGCAAGCUGCUGCUGACGCUGCCCCUGCUGCGGCAGACGGCCGCCAAGGCCGUGCAGCACUUCUACAGCGUCAAGCUGCAGGGCAAGGUGCCCAUGCACAAACUCUUCCUGGAGAUGCUCGAGGCCAAGGUCUGAGCGCGGCCAGCACCCUCCGCGUGGACACACGGCCACCAGCCUCGCUCGUCCGCGCCUCCCCGAGGAGGGGCUUUC